AUGAAGUUUUUCCUGGGAAUUGAGAUAGCAAGAUCAAGAGAAGGAAUACUGAUGAACCAACGAAAAUUUGCAAUGGAGCUGAUUACUGAUCUUGGAAUGGAAGGAUCAAAACCAGUAGCCACUCCAAUGGAAUGCAAUCAGAGAUUUACAACAGCAGAAUAUGAUCAACAUUUGGAGCUGAAAGAUGAUGAAAAGCUGCCAGAUACAGGGCCAUACCAAAGAUUGGUUGGGAAACUACCAUACCUCACUAUGACAAGACCAGAUAUUUGCUAUGCAAUGCAUGUGUUGAGCCAAUUUAUGCAUUGCCCAAAGAAGUCUCACAUAGAGGCAGCAGUGAGAGUUGUCAGGUACAUAAAAGGGGCACCAGGACUUGGUCUACUAAUGAGCUCAAAGCCUUGCCCAAAACUCACAGCGUUUUGUGAUGCUGACUGGGCAUCAUGUCCAGUAUCCAGAAAGUCUGUAACAAGCCUUGAGCUCUUCCUCCUCCGCGUUAGCGUUCUGGCCAUCGCGAUCGCGAUGCUUUUCUGGUUUCUCCAUCGCGUUCGCGUCUCCUGA